AUGGAACUGGAGAUGAAAGAGGGGGGAAAAGCUCCAGCCUCUCUGACUCUGGAUCCGGACACAGCGAAUUCCCGGCUCAUCCUGUCUGAGGACCGGACCAGUGUGAGACGCGGAGACAAACCGCAGCGGCUCCCUGACACCCCGGAGAGGUUUGAUCUCUGGGAAUGUGCCCUGGGAUCAGAGGGUUUCACAGCAGGGAGACAUUACUGGGAGGUGGAGGUGGGGAACAAGACUGAGUGGGGUUUGGGAGUGACCCGAGAGUCUGCCGAGAAGAAAGAGGGAAUUGAUCUGAGACCUGAGGCCGGAAACUGGACUGUGUGGCUGCGAGCCGCCCGGGGUUACGCUGCUGGAACCAGUCCACUGACUCCACUGACCCCAAGUGUGAAUCCCCGGAAGAUCGGGGUUUUCCUGGACUAUGAGGGUGGACAGGUGUCAUUUUACAAUGCGGGCAACAUGUCCCAUCUCCGCACUUUCACCCACAAUUUCACUGGGAGAAUCUUCCCCAUCUUUAAUCCAGGACCAAAUGACGCCAGAUAA